AUGGCUCUGGUCAGAGUCAGGCCACCCCACGCUGUGCUGCCCACACUGCUCCUCUGCGUGCUGCUGCUGCUGCAGAGCCAGGGAGGGCACCGUGAAUGGGGAAGGAUGAAGGAAACGCAACAACUAUCCAAAGAAAUCAAGGACUGUACUAAGCGGCCUCACAUCUACAUGUGCAAAAACCCCUGUGAAUCUGAUCGAAGCUGUCAAGCAAAUAACAUAUGCUGCUCCGCCUUCUGCGGUAAUGUUUGCAUGAGCCUUGAGUGA